UGCGAAUUACAACCUGGAACAUCGACGGUGUUCGCACGCUGCCCCAGUAUCACCCGUGGAACACUCUAAAGACAUUCGAUGACAUAUUGAACCACUUAGAGGCGGAUAUAAUAUGCUUUCAAGGGAUGAAAUCAUCCAGGCAAGGUCUUCCCAAAGCCGUUGCCCUACCCCCGUCCUACGACUCCUUCUUUUCUUUCCCUGUGAAGAAGAGCGGGUACUCCGGAAUCGCUAUAUACACGCGUCGAAACCUCGUGGUACCUCUAAAAGCUGAAGAAGGUCUGACGGGUCUUCUCCAACCGCGGCCACCACUUACGCCUGAGGAGCGAAUCUCGCGCCUGGGCAACUACCCACCUGACAUGCCCAUACCAGCGGACCAAGACGAGCCGGACUACAAGGACCUGGACAGCGAAGGCCGGGCUGUCAUUGUUGACCUCGGAUUAUUUGUCCUGAUCAGCGUGUAUUGCCCCAACGACGGCACAGGUACAGAGGAACGCGACAAGUUUAAGAUGGACUAUCAUAGGCUUCUGGAAUCUCGCGUUCGUACUCUCAUACGCGAAGGGCGAGAGGUUGUGGUCGUCGGCGACCUCAACGCGUGUGCUGCAGUCGAGGACCAUUGCGAGGGUGAGCUCAUGGUGGCCCGUGGCCUUGCGGAAGGGUUGGAGGGCGAAGAGGGCUUUUGGGGGAAAGACUAUCGCCGGUGGAUCAGGGAUUGGUUAGUCAAGGAGGACGGGACGGGCGGCUGUAUGGUCGAUAUUGUGCGCAAAUUCUGGCCGGACCGAAAGGGAAUGUACACCUGCUGGAACACGAAAAUCUCUGCAAGGGACACGAAUUACGGAACGCGUAUCGACUUCAUCCUCAUCACGCCGGGGCUCGUUCCGUGGGUCAAGGCUGCGGAUAUCCAACCUCAGAUUAAGGGCAGCGACCAUUGCCCAGUUUUCGUCGAUCUGUUCGACGAAAUCACGAAAGCAGACGGUCAUAUCGUAAGAUUACGCGACGUCUUGGGCUCGCGAGCUGCAGAUGGGACACCUCCAGAGCCUCCUAGGCUAGCGGCCAAGUUUUGGGACGAACACAAACAAAAGCUUCUGUCAAACUUCUUCGGGAAGAAGACCGAUGCAUCGUCAUCAAUACGUAUACCCUCGAGCGCGAUCGAACCGCAACCAAGCCAAACAUCUUCAACAGGUAGUCAACCGCCUGUAUGCGAUUCAAACCCUCCCACUCCGCCCGACGUUGAACUGCUCGACCCCGUCUCCUCUCCACCGGACCCCAGCGCAUCAACAGCGAAACGCAAACUGACUGUGGACCACAUACCGUCAGCGACGAAGAAGCUCAAGCCCUCUCAACCUCAGAAAGAAUCGGCGAAGGGCAAGUCGAAGUUGCAGAGCAAAUCAAGCCAGUCAAGCAUCGCCCGUUUCUUCUCUCAGCCCAAACCCUCCAGCUCCAAAUCUACCACCAGUUCGUCUGUGCCUCCGUCUAACGCAAGGGCUCAACCGAAGACUUCGGCCUCGUCCAGUCCACCACUGCCACCAGCCUCUCAAAGUCAAACGAAUUCAACGGAGGCGGAUGAGGAUGCCGACUAUCAAUUGGCGCUUCAGCUUUCCCAGGCGGAGAAUGCCCAAGCGCCGAGAACCUCCCAGGAGAAGGACCCAGGGGAGAGUAAACAGGCCUGGAAUACUCUCCUCGCCCCUACACAAAUACCAUUGUGUACCAUGCAUCGCGAACCAGCGAAAGAGUACACAGUGAACAAACCAGGUCCGAACAAGGGGAAGAAGUUCUUCAUUUGUUCCAGGCCUGUAGGACCUGGCUACGAUAAAGGUUCAGAACGCCCAAGAGACCAGGUUGACCCUCGAUAUAAGUGUAAUUUCUUCAAGUGGUCUAGCGAGGUUCGCAAGGAAAUGGCACGGAAUGGGAAAGCGUGAU